AUGAUGUCCUCGUCCCCGUCAUCCCCGUCCUACCUUUCAUGGGACAUUCUGCGGCCCUGUUUCAAGUGCUGCAAUCAACUCUGGAUCAAUGAAUUUGCCAUCUUUGGAGAAUGCGUCGGUGCCAUUGCAUGGAUACCCACAGUCUUCGCGCUUCUACUCUUAAUAUCGCGAUAUGGCCUGCGGCCGGCAUGGCACCGUAGGCCGAUCUGGCUCCGUGAUUUCGCAGCGGAGGAGCCUGGAGAGGCAGAGGGCAUCUCGACCGACCUCAUCCCCAUCAAGAAGCGGGCAUGGGGCCUCUCGACAGUCGUUCUCGUCUUGGGCUCGACGAUUGGCCUUGUGAUCAGCAUCCUGGCUGCGCUGCACCCAGCUGCAGGUCCACUGUUCUUGACCCCUUUGAUACCACAUGGCGCGCUGCUGCUCAUCCAGCUUGUCAUGUUCAGCACAAUCUUGCAAAUCUUUUCUGGGUCAGCCGUCUGGGUUUGGGGGGUUGAGACGGUCACCACACUCGCGUCGAUGAUUUUCAUCCUGAACAUGCCACUACGCGACCCGCUUCUCCACAGCGAGGAUAUUUGCGCCCCUCACUCGACGCCCACAGUCAGCCUGCGCAGCCCCGAGGAUAACUUCACGAUGUGGCAUUGGAUGUCUGUGGCUUGGAUGUCGCCGGUCGUAAAGAUGGGGUGUCAAAGGCAGCUUCACGAUGAGGAUGUAUGGACUUUACCGCUCGAAUUCCAGCACAGCCGCCUGCAUCGGCUUUUCAGAGACGUCAAGGGGUCGGUCCUAGCCCGCGUGUUCAAGGUCAACGCACCGGACCUGAUAAUCACCACGCUUCUGGGCAUCCUCGAGUCAAUAUGCUCCCUUGUACCGGUCGUCUUCCUGAAGCAGCUUCUCGCAGCUCUCGAAGGAGAAAACCCCAAUCGGAACGUAGCCGUCGUCUACGGAGUUUUUAUACUGAUGGCACGCCUCAUCGGCGCCCAGUCGGGUGUUUUCAACCUCUGGUUCUGCCGGCGAGCUUACGAGCGAUCUAGGGGCGAGAUGAUCACCAUGAUUUACGAAAAGACAUUGAUGCGCAAGGCAUUCACUUUCCCUAGCGACAUCGAUGAUGACAACAGCGAAAAGAAGAACAAGGGCGAGGCGAGCAAUACAGGCCCUGCGUCCAUGGGCAAGAUUCUCAAUCUGAUGCGCAACGAUGUCUACGAGAUCGCCCAGCGUUUCUGGGAGUUCGCCAAUCUAUUCACGAAGCCAAUGAACUUCGUUCUCACAAUCGUCCUGAUCUGGAAGAUUCUUGGGCCCGCGGCAUUAGGCGGUGUACUGCUGAUUCUGUUUGCUCAAUUCCUCAACAUCUUCAUCAUCCGCUUCCUUGUCAGCUGGGAACGCGGCCGCCGAGCUGUCACCGACGUCAAGCUCCAGAUUACGUCACAGUUUGUCGAAGCUAUACGCCACCUACGAUGGUACGACUGGCAGGACAAAUGGCUAGGGAACAUCCUGGCCUCUCGGCAGAAGGAGUUGCGGUACAGGGUCAUCGUGAACCUGCUUAGCAAGGCCGUCGCGGCAACGAACAAGAUUUCUGCCUACUUCUUCCCCGUGGCUGCUUUCUACGCGUACACCAUCAUUGGCAAGCAACCGUUGCGGAUUGAUGUUGCAUUCCCGGCACUGAAUUUGUUUACGAUGCUGAAUCAAAGCCUGAACGAGUUGCCUGGUCUUAUCACCGUGCUUUUGAAUGCGAGUGUAGCCAUGGGUAGAAUUGAGAGCUUUAUGGCUGAGCCGAACAAAGAAGAGGAGUACGGUUCGGGCUCGGGUACCUACGGCGAGUCUGGUACAGAGCGGCUUGGAGAGCUCAAAGUUACGUUCCGAGAUGCCUCGUUCUCGUGGCCGGGCUCUCCGGCCCAUAAACAAGUUCUCUCUAAUGUCUCCUUUGAGGCUGGUCCAGGGGUCACGGCCGUGUGUGGCAAGGUCGGCUCGGGCAAGACGGCGCUGCUACAUGCCAUCCUCGGCGAACUGGACGACCGGGGCGGAAGAAGGACGGUGCCGAACGAGAUGAUCGGAUACUGUGCGCAGACACCUUGGUUGCAAAGCAUGAGCAUCCGGGAAAACAUAUUGUUCUCGUCCGGAUACGAUGAGGUCAGGUAUCGCCAGGUCCUGGCAGCAUGCUGCCUGAUCCCUGAUCUGGCAAAUUGGAAAGCUGGCGAUUUGUCCAUGAUCGGAGAGAACGGUGUCGGCCUCUCGGGUGGACAAAAGGCGAGAGUCGCACUGGCAAGAGCGAUAUAUAGCAGGGCAAGGGUAUUGCUUCUGGACGACCCUAUUGCCGCAUUGGACCAUCAGACUGCCGAGACGAUACUGCGGAAUCUUUUAACGAACAAGACGUUUAUGGAAGGGCGAAUGAUAGUGUUCGUCACUCACAGGAUGGACCUGUUGACGAAGCAUGCGGACCAGGUACUCGAGAUCUCGCAAUCCGGGUCUGUUACUGUCAUCUCACGCGAAGAAAUCAGCAACCACGAGGAGCUGCUCCACUUUGCAGCCAAGGAUGAGCAGCGCCGCCAGUCAGUAGAUGAAGAAGAACAAGCCGAUGCAGAUGAGGAUGUCAUCCCUGACAAGUUCAUCGAAGAGGAAUAUCGUGCUCAUGGUGGUGUGAUGGCUUCCGUGUAUUGGAAGUACAUCAAGGCAGGUAAUCUGUGGUACUGGGGACUUCUGAUCAUUCUUUUCGUCAUGUUCCGAGUGUCACGAUUGACACACUUCUACUUCCUCAAGGUCUGGGGAGAAUCCUACGAGCCAGGUGGAUCAUCUCAGUUCUAUCUCGCCGCCAACAAUGAGCCCGAGUACAACUUUCAAGCGACCAACACUUCUCCCUUUGGCGUCACUACUGCUUCAAAAGACUGGUGGAAUAUCGACUUUGACCUACCACCCCCAGACGUCAACGUGCGCCCAUGGCUAUUUUGGUUCUUCAUCAUCGCACUACUGCAGUUCAUAUCCUUCGUCCUCUCUGACCUCACCAUCGUGCUCAUCAUCUACACCGCGGGCAAGCACCUUUUCGAACAGGUCAUGCUGAAAGUUGCCAACGCGACAUUCCGCUUCUACGACGUUACCCCUGUUGGCAGGCUGAUGAACCGAUUGACGAGCGACAUCGGCACCAUCGAUGGACAGAUUGUCACACAGAUUCGUGACGUCGUAUGGUACUUCAUGUUCUGGGCAUCAAGUCUUUUUGUGAUCGCUUCCACGGCGCCCGUCUUCCUCGCCAUCGCCCUUAUAAUGACGACCCUCUUCGUCUUUAUCUUCAUGCGCUUCCUGCCUGCCUCGCAAUCUCUACGCCGCCUUGAAAUGGUCUCCCUUUCGCCUCUGAUGUCCAACUUUGGCACACUUCUCGAGGGCUUGACCACUGUGCGCGCCUUCCGCGCCCAGCCGCAUUUCCAGGAUCGCAUCAUCGUUACCACCGACGCCUUCCAGAAGAUGGAUCAUUUCUACUGGUCGCUCCAAGCAUGGCUCAUGUUCCGUUUCGACGCCCUCUCCGCGCUCUCGACCUUCAUCCUCACCAUGUCGGCCCUCUUCACAGGCCUCGGCGCCGGCACGGUGGGCUUCGUUCUCGCGGCAGCGGCGAACUUUGUUGCCUGCACUCACAACAUGUGCCGCAAAUACGGCGAGCUGCAGAUGCAGUUUGUAUCCGUGGAACGUGUCAUUGAGCUCAUGGACCUAGAGGAGGAACCCCGCGGCGACUUCGACCCGCCAGCCGCAUGGCCGGGCUACGACGACGAAAUUGUAUUCGACAACGUUACGGUCCGGUACGCCAAGGGCCUUGAUCCAUCGCUACGCGGCUUGAGUUUCCGCAUCCCUGCCGGCGCAACUGUCGCCGUCACCGGCCGCACCGGUAGCGGGAAGAGCACUCUUGCACUGACAUUACUGGGCACGAUGCUGCCAGAGUAUGACGAAUCCAUAAACACAUUGGGGAGCAUCAGAAUAGGAAGCGUCGACGUGGCAAAGGUAGACAAGCACGCGCUGAGACGGCGCAUCAGCUUUGUGGCGCAGGAUCCUGUGCUGUUCCCUGGGACGUUGAGGGAUAACCUGGAUCCCAUAGGCGAGCACUCUGAUGAGGAGUGUGAAUUGGUGUUGAGGAGGGUGCUUGGCGCCGUGGAUGAGCUCGAAGACGGGCUCGCAAGUGGCUCAAUAACACCGGGCGGCUCACAACCCACAUCCGACCCCCACAGUGAGAGCUCGUCGUCCAGUUCGAGCAGCAGCAGUGGCGACGUCGCGGCCAUCGACACGGAGGAGAACGGCAACGGCGGGCCCAAACCCACCAAUGGACAGGCAGCUGUCAUCGUGACGAAUGGCAGCGACGACAGCAGCAAGCAAAAUGCGUUCUCUUUCACCCUCGCCACGCGGAUUGAUGGCGGCGGCAAGAAUCUGUCCCAGGGGCAGCGCCAGCUCAUCGGUCUGGGCCGCGCGGUCCUCCGCCGCAGCCCCGUGGUCAUCCUAGAUGAGGCGACGGCGAGCAUAGACAAGAAGACCGCGUUCUAUAUCCAGCAGGUCCUCAGGGAGGAGCUGCAGCAGAGCACGGUCAUCACCAUUGCGCACCGGGUGGAGGCCGUCAAGGACGCGGAUUUCGAGAUUGUACUAGAUAAGGGCAGGCUUGUAAGGGCUCGAGGCAUUGGGGUUGGUAGUCAGUGA